AAGAGCUUCCAGCUAAUUUAUUUUAUAGCCGAUGGAAAAAAGAUCCAAGUGAGGAAACAAUCAUUAAUAAUUACAUUGCAUUUUCAACCUCAACUUCACAACAAUCAAUAUUAUCAAGUAUUGAGUCAAGCAACGAUCCAAAUUAUCAGUAUAUGUUAACCCGAUUAUUACAAAAAGUGCAACGAUUUACAACACAAAAUCCUACAAUAGCUACAACCUUAUAUAAUUCUUUUAAUGAAAUAUUCGUUUCUGAGAUUGAAAAAGUUAACAAGUCACAAUCGAACAAUUUGAAGACUACACCAACUAUAAAAAACCCAUUAAUUAUUCGAGGAAAAGGACGUCCAUCUAAUAAGAGAAUUACAAGUGCGAUAGAGUUAGCCAAACUACUAAAUGAACUUCAAAAUUCUAAUAUUAUGACAAUAUUAUCGCAUCAAGAUUCUAAUUCUUUAGUUGAACAUUUCAUUGAAGCCAAUUUUUCUUCGGAUGAAUUAAGUUUAGGUACAUAUACAAUGUUAUAUUGUGGUGAAACUUUACCAAAUCCGUUACCUUUGAAAGUUUCUGAAUAUUUAGAUGAUAUUGCGACAAACAAAAUUGAACAAUACGAAUUUUGUCGAGUUCAUAGAGGAGAAGGAAUAAUUAUUCCUUACGGGAUUGAAAAAGGAUAUCCAUUACAUAUAAAUUUUACAGAACUACCUAAUCGGCGAAUUCAAGAAGUAGGAGUAUCAAAAGCCGAUAGUUCAUUACUACAAAUCAACUACUUUGAAUCAUUCCAACCGGGGUAUUAUGGAACCAAAGGUCUAGGCAUUAUCUUGAAAACUUUAACCGAAAUUUUUGUUCAAACCAAAAUAUUAACCACCAAUCUUUGCACACCACAAUCAACAACUAAAUAUCUGGCUCAAGUUUUGGUUCCAGAAACUGCUAUUAGACUUAUUGCGGAGGAUUUUA